AUGUCGCAACCACACAAAGACAAAGAUCAUUGGUCAGCACAGAGCUAUUCUGCUGCUGCGUCAUUCGUGCCCAAGCUUACCCAGAAAGUUCUCCAAUAUCUAGAUCCUCAGCCUACCGAUAGAGUGCUUGAUCUUGGCUGUGGUGACGCCAAAUUCACUGGCAACUAUCUACACUCGGUAGCGGAAGUUUAUGGAGUGGAUGCUUCGGCUUCGCUGAUUGCAUCAGCAAAUCAGGAUUAUGGCAGCUCAAAAGCACGGUUCACAGUACUGGAUUGCAGGUAUCUCGAGCAGGACAUCGAAGCUGUGAGUGGAGUAUGGGACAAAGUGGUCUCAAACGCCGCCCUGCAUUGGAUUUUGCGAGAUUCCUCCACCCGCGUAAAUACACUUCGGGCAUGCUUCUCGGCCUUGAAGACGGGUGGAGCUUUCGUCUUCGAGAUGGGAGGUGCAGGAAAUGUGGCCGAGGUUCACACAGCUCUCAUGUCAGCCCUCCUUCAUCAAGGACUCUCUAUUCAUCAAGCACAAGAAGCUUCGCCGUGGUUCUUCCCUUCAGACGUGUGGAUGAGAAAGACGCUGGAAGACAUUGGAUUCAUUGUCGAGGUGCUUGAAGUCGAGUAUAGACCGACGAAACUGACAACAGGCGACGAGGGGGGGCUCCGAGGAUGGGUCAAGUUGAUGGGUGCAUCAAUGCUGGGCGUGUUGGAGGACGCAUCGAAAAGGGAAGCGGCACUUGAACAGGUGUGUGAGGUCCUAUCAACGAUAGUGACCCGGAUCGAGGAUGGUAGUGAGUGGUUGGGUUACGUCCGACUACGGGGAGUAGCGAGGAAGCCGUGA